GACUUGAGUUAGUUUGGACUGCCUGUUGCGGUGGCUGGCCACAGCCAACGAGCAAGUGGAAGAUAUGGAAACACCAAAUCAAGCAGCAUCUACUACAUCCCCCGAAACAACGGCUCCAAAGUACACGAACGCGUAUUGCCAGUUACGGAGCGGAACAAAGAAAAAAUAUGGCAGGCAACAGAUACACUUACCGAGAAUGCUGGAGACGAUGGCCCACACCCUUCUCAAUGCGUUGGCCAGGGCAAGCACUCCCACCUCCACCAACGCUGCACCCACCACUCCCAUCUUGACCCCUUCCCCAAUACCUACUUCUGCCGCCACUCCUUCCUCCACUGCUAGCCAUGCAAGCAGGAUAAAUAACGCAUUGAAACGUUUCCUUGUAUGUACUCUGGGGGGACUGGAAAUAGAGGAAAAGCUAGGUUUAAAACCCCCGACAAACCUCAGCAAGUCACAGAUCUGCCAAUUUUUGUCCUGCCUGGACCAACAACAGUGACCCCAAAGGGCUCAAGUGAGCUGGAGCUUGCCCGCAGGCCUGGGGAAGAAGGUGGUCCUGGUGCCAGAAAGUGCAAAGCAUUCUGAGAUUGUUUCACUGAUGGAGGGGGAGUUCACGAAGCUCAGGGCUCUCAUGGGAAGGUGGAUGUUUUGUAAAGCUACAGAUAUUCCACACAGAAAUAGACAUUGUAUUGUUAUGUACUGUGUUGAGAUCAGAAGCAUAUAUUGUGGUGUGGAAAACUCAUUUGGUAAAUGGCAUGUUCUUUUUUAUUAGGUGGAAGUGGCCAGAGAAAAUUGAACACAAUUCCAAUAGAUUCAGAAGGUUAUUCGGGCAGACAGCUCCGCGUGGCAUCGAACAACGGGAAAAUUGUAUUGUAUCUGGUUCCUCUCCAGGAGGAACUAGAAACUGCACCCCUGCCUUUUAGUUCCCCUGAAUUUUCAAAGAUGCCAAAGGUGGCCUGCAAUAACUGUUUGGAAACCAUCCCUUUGCAGAUGUUGGCACUACAUUCAGUGAACUGCCAGACAACUCAGGAGCAAACAGACAAGAUCAUCACAGAUGACGAUGAAGACAAUGAGGCUGAUGGUGAUGCAGUUAUUGACUGUACAGUGGAAAAAGGGGUUUGCCCUAUAUGCCAGCUAGAAUUUCCAGCCACAGAGCUCCCUCAUCACGCCAACACCUGUGCAGAAAGGUACUUCAAUACUGAGGAUUACAUGGACCCAAACCUUCCAUCAACAUCUUCAAAUACAACACUUCCCCCUCCAUCAGCUCAAACAACAGAGGGGUGGAAAACUGCAGCCCCAUCUGAAGCAGUGUGGCUCUUCAUGGAGCGCCUGAGGAGAGAAGGAGACCACCAGCCACUACAGCUGACUCUAAAUGCGGGGGACACUGAUGAGGAGCGGUAUGGCACACUUAUUUCAUUUUACAAGAAAAGCCGUGAGAUGUGUCAGUGGGCUGCGGAUUUCAGAUGCUCCAUAUUAGGUAUUGACACAUCCCUUACUCAUGGCAAAGUUUUAAUUUUGAAAUAUUUGGGUCUUGGGCUUUCAGUAUCACCGUGUGCCUAUCUCAGUUAUUACAUGAUAAUGGUAUCCCCUAUGUACACAAGAUCUUAAUUUACUUUCUACUUAUUUUUUUUUUUAAAUAAUACAAUUUCUACACAAAGACUAAUUUUUUUUCCCUUGUAAAACCUGAUUUCCUAACAGGGGAUGCUGCAGUUGGUGUCGGGGUCAUGAGAAACACACUAUCAACAGCCAUCUCGAAAUUGACAAGUGGCUUUAAGAAGA